ACGAGAGAUGCAAUCACAUCCCCUCAACCAACUCCGACGUGGGGAGGAGAGGCCGUUACAAUCGGCAAAUGUGGAAGCCAUCGUUUAUUUCCGUGAAGCCAAUCCCAGUCUGUCUCUAUAGAGUUUUAUUAUUCAACAAGCCGAAGAGAGCUCGGGUUUUUCCGUGCAGUAGCAAUUAAAGCCGAGAGUCUUUUGCGCGAGGCACAGACAUCAGUCGGUUUGGGUAGCACUGUAAAAUUGUUUACGCCUUACUGAACAAAUAGAUAAGUAUUUUGAAAAUGGAAUCACCUAACCAGCUCGUGUCUGUUGGAACGUUUCAAGUGCUUAAAUUACCCCUUGGAUUUAUCCGCGUUUUGGAAUGGCUUUUUGCCAUUUUUGCAUUUGCGACAUGUGGAGGCUACAGUGGACAGCUGCGGGUUAGUGUUGACUGUCAGCUUGACAAGGCCAGCAGCAACCUCAGUAUUGGCAUCGAUUUUGCCUAUCCUUUUAGGUUGCACCAGGUGUCCUUUGAGGCUCCGCUGUGUGAUGGGAGGAGGAGGGAGAGUCUCUUCCUCAUUGGGGACUACUCUUCCUCAGCUGAGUUCUUCGUCACCAUUGCUGUGUUCGCCUUCCUCUACUCCCUCAUGGCCACCAUAGUCUACAUCUUCUUCCAGAACAAGUACCACGAGAACAAUCGAGGCCCUCUCAUCGACUUCAUAGUGACCGUGGUGUUCGCCUUCAUGUGGCUGGUCAGUUCUUCGGCCUGGGCUCAGGCCUUGUCAGACGUCAAGGUGGCCACAGAUCCAGAUGAGGUGCAGGAGCUCAUGUCUGCCUGUAAGGUCAUGACCAACAAGUGUGGCUCAGUGCAAGGACCCCGCUGGUCAGGCCUUAACACCUCUGUGGUGUUUGGCUUCCUAAACUUCGUCCUGUGGGCAGGAAACAUCUGGUUUGUUUUCAAGGAGACUGGCUGGCAUAAGGGAGGACCUGCUCGGUACGCUGGAGCACCGCCCGAAAAACAGGCCGCGACCUUCAGCCAGCAGCAGCCCUACAACCAGGGCAGCUUCGACCAGUCAGGAGGCUACAGCGGCCAGGGAGACCGGGAGCAGGCAUCAGAAUACAGUCCUGUGGGCGAACCCACCUCCUACUCCAAUCAGAUGUAGCCUUGCGGUCUGAUUGGCACAUCAGUGUUCUAUAAGGGCAAAUUCAAUCAGGGGUUAAGGAAGGAAGGGGUUGAAAUGAGGGAGGGGGCAUGAGGGUCUAGCUCAGUUUGAUCCUCUGAUGCAUCACGUUGUUGGUGUCCUGUUUGUGCAAAACAUAAAAAAUGUGUCCAAAUGACCUACAUGCAGUUCUUAGGUAAAAAUAUUCUGGUGCCAGAAAAGGUAAGUUGUCGAUUGAUACAGUUCCACGCGUUGUAUUUUGAAGUAUUGUACAAAGUCUAGAAUUUGGUUACGUUUUUAGAUGUUGUUUUCGUGAAUGUUGUAUUGCCUGUGGCUUUUUCAAACUGGUUUGUAUGGUCGUGGAAGAGAAAUGUGGUCUACAAUUGUAUAAUUAUUGAAGUUUCCUAUAUAGUCUUGACAAAGUGCAUGAAGUUGUGCUAUGUGUUUCUAUGCGUGUAAAGUACUCAUAUUUCUUUUAAUGACAACACUUAAACAAAAAUGACAGCCAACAGUUCCGUCAGGUACAUGAACAAAACGGAAAACAACUACCCACAAAACCCACAGGAAAAACAGGCUGCCUAAGUAUGGUUCCUAAUCAGAGACAACGAUAGACAGCUGCCUCUGGUUAGGAACCAUACUCGUCCCAACACAAAGAAAUACAAAACAUAGAAACUGAACAUAGAAAUACAAAAACAGACAAACACCCCCUGUCAUGCCCUGACCUACUCUACCAUAGAAAAUAACAACUUACUAUGGUCAGGACGUGACAAUACUCUAUAUAAUGUUUUUUUUUAUUUUUUUUAUGAAAUCCUACAUUUUAAAAUAACCAGAAUCAUCAUAACAAUAUUAUUAAAUCAUAACACUAUAUAAAUGUGUUUUUAUUUUUUAUAUUUAGAAUGAUUAUUUAAAUUGUAUCAAGUUUCAUUUCACUGCACUAAGGAAGAAUUGUUCGCUGUCUGCCAUAUAACCUUUCAUUACACAAGAUGCCCUUGAUCAUAAAUGGGUUUUAUGUAUUGAUUUGUGGGGAGUUUUUGAUGUUGGUGUUAACAAUUUUAAAUGGGAAAAGUGUUUGUACCCGCUCUGUUUACAAAUGGUCGCUCUUGAUUCAGCUAGCUAGGCCCCAGUGAAAAAGGGCCAGAAGAACUUAGUUGCAAAACAGUGAGCUCAGCCAAGCUUGUCUGUAUAACCAUUCCUGAACACCCUCCAUUUUAUCUGUCAUGUUUUCUCUGUCUUGAAUUCUAUAAACAAAGUAAUUCAGGUUUGUACAACUUUUUGAAAGUUUGUGCAAUGAAUAAAAAUAAGUCUAAUGAGACGAUGUCCGAUAUUGAUGAUGAUAAUGAAUUAACCAUGUGUCUUGAGCGUCAAAGCAUGUGGUAACAAAAAAAACGUUCAUGUAUGUACUUGCUCUUCUGUCCGUGUAACAUUAUAAUUUGAAAACCAUUUACCAGUAUUUGUAAUCUGUUUAUGAUUACUGAGGGUGGAGGAUAUUUUACAAGCAUUUUGAAUAAUGCUAAUAAAGAUGUUGGACAAAUCCA